AAUUAACCUGGUAUCAUGGCUUUGCGUCUGUCUUUCGACCUCGAGGCCGACGAACAGGGUGGUCCCCAGGUUUUGUUCGAAGAAAGCUCGAGCGUGAGGAAGGUGAUACUGAACAGGCCCAAGAAACUGAACUCCCUCACUUAUGAAAUGGCUUCUCAGCUGUUAAGGAAAUUGGAAGAAUAUGAACAUGAUCCUGCAGUUGGCUGCAUAAUGUUGAAGGGGCGUGGUAGGGCCUUCUGUGCUGGAGGCGAUGUCAUGAGAGUGAUUUGCACAACCAUGGCAGGACAUUGGAGCUUGGGUACGAGGAUUUAUGGUCUUCAGCUCACCUUAGAUUAUCUGCUGGCCACUUACAGAAAACCUGUGGUUGCUCUAGUUGACGGAACUGUCAUGGGUGGAGGAGCUGGGCUAUCGAUGCAAGCGACAUUUCGUGUGGUCACCGAGAACACGGUCUUCGCUAUGCCGGAAGUAUCCAUAGGUUUGUUUCCGGACGUCGGUGCAUCGAAGUUCCUCUCUAAGCUUCCAGGAGCUUUUGGAGAAUACUUGGCCCUUACUGGUGCACGGCUGGACGGAGGUGAAAUGUUGGCUUGUGGUCUCGCAUCUCAUUUUGUGCUCUCCAGGGAGCUUCCACGGCUGGAAAAAGCAUUGUGUCCGGAGGCCCCCGUCAGCAAAUCAACCAUUUCGGCUUUAUUAAACAAAUUCGCGCACAACCCUAAUCUAAACGAAAAUAGCAUUUUAAGGAGAUUGGAGAUCAUCAACGGGUGCUUCUCGAGACCCACCGUUGAAGAGAUAUUCUCGUCGCCGGAAAAUGAGAUAAAAAAUAAUGGAGCCGAGAACUGGAUCGAAGGCGCUGUGAAGUCCAUGAGAUCAGCCUCCCCAACAAGUCUUAAGAUAACUUUGAAAUCGAUAAGAAAAGGACGGACACAAAACCUCGAGCAAUGCCUUGCUCAUGAAUACACCAUCUUCUGCCACGUGUUGCGAGGAUCCGUGAAUAGAGAUUUCUUCGAGGGUUCAAGAGCGACCCUAUUUGACAAGGACAAAAAGGCCAAGUGGGACCCACCGAAGCUGGAAUUGAUCCCCGAUGAGAUGGUGGACAAGUUCUUCACGAGCCUUGAUGGGAUCGAUCAGGAUUGGGUUAGCUUACAGCUCCCGAUUCGGUCAGGUCAGACCCGAUCACGUGCGAAGCUCUGAGGGACGUCACGUGCUCCUUUUGGAUAUCUGAUGGUUUCUGUUUUGUGGGAUCUCAUUAUAUCGUAAUUUAUGGGCAUGUUUCGACCCACAACUGCCUCAUGAAUUAGUCGCUUGAACUUUAGUCUAAUUAUAUUUGAUGCAUCAAUUUUAGAGUCACCCUUCUAGUUUGGUCGAAACAAAGAGA